UCACCCGUUGGAACAGUUAGCCAACGGGAGUCGUAGGAAGUAGCAAAUAGGCGGGACGUCCUCUUUCAACGUUGGUGUUGGAAGAGGAGUCGAUUCAGGAAGCCAUUACGCUGCGCAAUCGUGUCGAUACUAAAAAACUUACUAUUUUUACGUAUUCUACGCAAUUUUAUAUUUCACCCCACAACUCUAAUUAAACCCGUUAUGGCAUCUCAGGCCAAAAAGAGAAAAACGAACUUCUCCGAAAGGGAGGUGGAGAUCAUCGUGGAGGAGAUGGAAAAGCAAAAACACGUUUUGGUGAACCAUUUUAACGCGGGCGUCACGCACAUCGCAAAGAACAACGCAUGGGUCGAAAUCAUGAAGCGCGUGAACGCCGUCACCACCUGCCAGCGCGAGCUCGCGGAGGUCAAGAAGAAGUGGUCCGAUUUAAAGACGGAGGUGCGACGGAAAGUGGCGCAAGCGCGGGCGGCCAUGGAGGGCACGGACGACUGCUCCUCCGUUCCCGUCAUCCUCACCUCCAUGCAGCAGCGCAUUUGCAAUCUGCUGGGAGAAGCGACGAUCAUCAGCCUGCCGGCAGCGGAGGCGGGCGCGGAGAUCGCUGCGCCCAUCAGCUCCGUCGCAACGUUAGCGCAAAGCAUUCAACCAGCGACCGCAGUGGCGUGUGAAAUAAAAACUAUUGAAGAUGAGACGACGUAUCACACACUAGAAGAAGGGAUGGUGGAGUACUGCACCACUGAGACCCCGGUGACGGUCACGCCCGUGGAGAUGCUGGCGGCACAGGCCGAGUGUUCGUCCAAACCUCAAGAUCUGAAGAGCCGCAUCGCCCUCAACUCUGCCAAGCUGCUUCAGGAGCACCGCGUCACCAACCUGCACAUCCGUGAGAUCUCCCAGCACCUGGAGAACCAGAACGACCUGCUGCAGAUGAUUCGGCGCUCGCAGGAGGCUCAGGCCUGUGCGCAGGAGAGACAGGCUCAGGCUCUGGAGGGCACGCAGGCGGCUCUGUUGGCCUUCGUUCAGAUGUUCAGACCGGCACUGAAGGACCUCCGAAAGUUCUUACAGAACGCAAACAGCUCAAACGCUGCGGCUGUCGCAGAGAUUGUGGAGGGGGUGCCGCCACCUUCAGAAGAUGGACAAUAGACGUGUGCUUGGUUUUCUGAAUGUUUGUGUGCUGUGAAUGUGUGUGUGUUUGAUCUGGUUGUGGUCUAUAGAAUAGACCGGAAAUGCCUUGUAAAGUUUGUGCAGUAUGGGUGGAUGAAGGGAUGGAGAAAUGUCGAUACUAGGACUUUAACUGCAGUAGCAAAGAAGCUUUUGACAUCUGCAAUAUGGUCAUAAUAUAUUUUUUAUUUGCCUCAAAUUAUUAGGUUGCUACAGAUAUAUUUUAAGUUAUUUUUGAAAUAUAUGUAUAUUUUUUGUAUACUACUUGUGUGGAACAUGACAACUGUUGCAUGCAAACUCUUAAAAACACACAGUUUCUCAUGUUUAUGGAAAACUGGCUGGUAAGAAAUGUUUCCAGUGGUUGGACAUUUUUUUUUUUACAACAUAUGCUAAAUAAAGAAACUCU